AUGGCCGGUGGGCCGAUUCAACUCUGGAAUCAGUGGGCGAUCCAAAUCCUCAUCCUAUUCAGCUUCGUACUGCAGAUUUUCCUCUUUGUCUUUGCUAGGGCCCGUCGGCGUGGAUCCUCUGCCGUGCUGACGAUCCUCCUCUGGCUGGCAUACCUCAUGGCUGAUUCCACCGCCGUGUACACUCUCGGCCAUCUCUCCAUCACUGAUUCGCCGAGCGAGCAUAGAAUCGUGGUAUUUUGGGCGCCCUUUCUCCUCGUGCAUCUUGGUAGCCAGGAUACUAUCACCGCUUACGCCCUCGAGGACAACCAGUUGUGGCCUCGCCACCUCCUAACUCUUGGUGUCCAAGCUUCUGGGGUUUCUUAUGUCCUCUAUAAGCAUUACGCUGGAAUCCCCAGAUCAUUGAGAUUUUCUACUGUCUUGAUGUUCAUCGUCGGUGUCAUCAAGUAUAUGGAGAGGAUAUGGGCCCUCAAGAGUGCCACACUGGAUAGCAUCCGGAGCUCUAUCAGGAAACCUCAUGAUCUCCCUUAUUACUAUCGUGCGCUUCCGUCCCAGAGAGUUAGGGCACAAGAGCGUGAUGACGAAGAGCUCGUGCUGUUUGCUCAAGGCAUGCUCCCUCUUUGCAAGGCCGGGAUUGUUAAUUUUCCUGUGGCUUUAACUUCUCAUCCGAUUUUUGAUUGGUCCAACUUGAACUGGAAUUGGAACUGGAAGGCUACCUUUAAGGUUGUGGAGAUGGAACUCUCCCUCAUGUAUGACAUCCUCUACACCAAGGCUGCGGCGGUUCACACUUGGUAUGGUUACUGUGUUCGUGUCUUCUCAAUGCUCGCCACUGCCACCGUGUUUGUACGGUUUCAGUUAAGCGACACCGGAAAUUGUUAUAGUGGAACCGAUGUUGCAAUCACUUACAUCUUGUUGGUUGGUGCCUUCCUCCUGGACAUCGCGUCGGCGUUCAGUGCUUUGGGAUCAACUUGGACAUGUAAUUUCUUGCUGAAUCUUAAGUGGAGUAGGCUUGGUCUUGCCAUCCUGUAUCUUCGUCGGCAUGUCAAGGCUGCUGCAAGCAACAGAGGGUGGUCAGGAUCCAUUGGACAGUUUAACUUGUUGCGUUUCAGCUCUCGUGACAAUACCAAGCUAACAAACAUUGUGGCUAAGAUGAUGGGGCUCGAGGAUUGGUUGAACAAAUGGUUUUAUUCUGAGACCCUAGUGAUUUCAGAGGAUGUCAAAGAGUUGGUGUUCAAACAUGUAUGGAAGGUAGUGAAGAAGAUUCACCUUCCAAGUGCAGAAAAUGAGAUUGAGUCCACACCCUACGAGAAUGGCUUGGAGGAGCCUGUGGCGAUGAUGCCAUCUAGUAGAGAAUGGCCAGGUUUUCGUCCUGAAUUGUAUGAUGAUACUGCCAGGAGGCGGAAGAAAUUAGACGAUGCUCUCAACUUCAGUGCAGAACUCCAAGAAAUGAUCCUUACUUGGCAUGUCUUUACGGAUGUUUUCCUGUUGCACAUUACCCUCGAUGCAGAAUCAUCAUCUGCAUAUCUGAAUGCGAUCAAGGCGCUGUCAAAUUACAUGGCGUUCCUCGUUGCUCUACACCCUGACACAAUACCCGGUUUCGAGCUACGCAGCCUAUACGAAGCAACCACCAUGGCUUUGUGCCUCAUGCACUCCGACAAGCCUAAAUUGGUUGAAGCUUUAUAUGCAUACGAUCCUGAUCAUCCUGAUGAAGAUCCUGAAAAGCCUUUAUUAUUUUCGAGAUGGAGGCACCUGCUUCCUCCCAAGCCUGUCAUGCAGGUUCAAGUAGAGUCGAGCAUCGUCAUCUCGCAUGGAGUUCUAUAUUCCAAGCUGAUGGUACAACUUGCCGAUGCAGGCAAUCCUGACAAACCUGCUGUGAUAUCUGGUUAUGAAAAUCGUUACCGUGUCGCCAUGGAUAAACUGAAGCGUCUGAUGCCAGAUCUGGAAUCCUCAUGCCAAGGUGGUGAGUUUGAUAUUCCCAAAGUGUUGGCACUCAUCUUAGAUACAUGGGUGCGUCUUCUCAUCUUGGCAUCCGUCCGAUGCAAGAGAGAGGCCCAUGCCAAACAGAUCAGCCAUGGCAGCGAGCUCACGACUGUCGUCUGGCUCAUGGAAGAACAUGCCAGUGCGUUUUUCAACCAACCCGCCGUCUUAAGGGGGUAUAUGGAAGAAUAG